ACAUUUCUGCCUCUUUUCCAAUAACCAUAAGAGAGUACAGACGUACAACAUGUCGGAACAAAAAGUCGUGAAUGGUGGUGGACAUCCAGAACAUUACAAAGAAAUACGUCAUCAUUAUGCAGAAGAGUGUAGCCAAGAUGAUAUCGGAACAUUUUUGUUUACAUCAGAAUCUGUUGGCGAGGGACAUCCAGACAAGAUUUGUGAUCAGGUCAGUGAUGCUAUCCUUGAUGCUCAUUUGAGACAGGACCCGGAGGCCAAAGUUGCUUGUGAAACUGUCUCAAAGACUGGUAUGAUCCUGUGCUGUGGAGAAAUCACCUCAAAGGCCAAGGUUGACUACCAGAGUAUUAUCAGAAAUACAAUCAAACAGAUCGGAUAUGAUGAUUCCAGCAAAGGUUUUGAUUACAAGACCUGUAAUGUGUUGAUUGCCCUAGAAGAACAAAGUCCAGAUAUUGCCCAAGGUGUGCAUGUUGACAGAGAUGAAGAUGACAUUGGUGCAGGCGAUCAGGGUUUGAUGUUUGGAUAUGCUACUGAUGAAACUGAAGAGUGUAUGCCAUUGACAGUUGUCCUUUCUCAUCAACUCAAUGCAAAGAUUGCUCAGUUACGCAGAUCUGGGGAAUUUCCUUGGGCUAGACCAGACACCAAAACACAGGUUACAAUUGAAUACAAAUAUGACGAAGGUGCAUGUGUUCCUCUCCGUGUUCACACAGUUGUCAUCUCGCUCCAACACAGUGAAGAUAUUACCAUGGACAAACUUAGAAAAGAAGUCAUGGAAAAAGUCGUUAAAGUUGUGAUCCCUCAGAAAUACCUGGAUGAUAGAACAAUAUAUCACAUACAGCCAUCAGGAUUAUUUAUCAUAGGCGGUCCACAGGGUGAUGCUGGUUUGACUGGUAGAAAAAUUAUUGUAGAUACAUAUGGUGGAUGGGGUGCUCAUGGUGGCGGUGCUUUCUCGGGUAAAGAUUUCUCCAAGGUAGACAGAUCGGCUGCAUACGCUGCAAGAUGGGUGGCAAAAUCUCUAGUCAAAGCUGGUCUGUGUAGACGUGUUCUUGUUCAGCUAUCCUAUGCUAUUGGCGUUGCUCAGCCAUUGUCCAUCACAGUACUUAGUUACGGAACAUCAAGCAAAUCAGAACAGGAAUUGUUACAAAUUGUCCGCAACAACUUUGAUCUUAGACCUGGUAGAAUUGUCAAAGACCUAAAUUUGAAAAAUCCAAUUUACCAGAAAACUGCAUGUUAUGGACAUUUUGGAAGACCAGAAUUCACAUGGGAGCAAGGAAAGCCUUUGAAGUUCUAAAAUUAUCACUCACACACUAUCUGACAUUAUAAAUAUCAUUCAGUCACUUUCAGCAGGUGCUUUAUUUAAUUUUUUAGUGUAAUUUGACUGAAUUUAACAUUAUAUUAAAAAAAGAGGGUAUAUAAACUACUUUGGUUAUAUAUGUAGAUAUAUAUAAUAAUAGAACUGCACUGAACUAUGUUUAGAUAUUAUAUCUUGCAGUGUUUCUUACUUACAAUUGUUAUAUGCAUAACAUAUGCAGCCCGUCGAUCCCCCAGGGCCCCAAUAUUUGUGUGACCCUGGGGUGCCUCGUACUGGCUUUGGAGAGAAGAUCUACAGACCACAGUAGUUAGAGGGAUAGACUGACAUCAGAUAUGAUACCAGAGUCAUUUAAACAUUUGAUAGUGACCCGUGUUUUUCAAACACAAGUUGUUAAAUUGUUUAGCAGAUUCACGAAUUCAGCUCUUGAAUCUUGAUUAACACAGGUUAUCAUCUUGUAUUUUUCGAGACUUUUGUUGAAUUGGUGCUUGGUUAACAAAUUAACAAAGUAUAUAUAGAAAAUUCUGUGAAAAAUUUAUCUUAGAAUGAAUAUCGUAUCUGCCCUCAGUCUGCGUGGCCCUUUAGCUAGUGCAAAUGUGUAAUUGUUUAAAACACACACACAUUUGUCUUGUGUUUAUAGAAAUUAAUUGGAAAAGAGCACUCUUUAUAAACACUCGGGUCUGUGCUCCAUUUGUGCUCAAUUUAACAUCCUUUGUUUUGUAUUUUCUGUAACCUUGCUCUUGUUUUUCUUUUUUUUUCUUUAACACUUCUUUAAACAUGGUUCUAUGUAUAUAUUUAUAUAUUACUUGCAAUUUUUAUGUAAUUUGAUGUAUUUUAUGAUGUACACUAUGCCGAUACAUAUUUUUGUCACUGUUAAAAUAAAAAAUCAAUUGUUUAACAUUUGUCUUGUAAACAAAACUGUUGAAACAAACACUUCUAAAGUGGCAGAUAUUUCAUUUCCAUAAUAUUAUGUGCAAAGUUUCACUAGUAAAUAUACCAUAUGUGAAAGCUUGUUUUUAUAAUUUUAUGUUUUUUAAAAAUAAAAAAAUGUGCUUUUUUAAAAAUCAUGACUGUGUCUCACUUUGCAAUGCUGUUGUGUGAAAAUUUUUAUUUUUUGGAGUAAACGAUUGUACUUGAAUGUAUGUAUACUAUUGUUGUAGCAACAGUAGUUGUUGUUUUUAUGAAGAUUGCCAAUUUUUUUCGCAAUUUUUCAUCUGAUUUCCAUAUCAUAUUGUUUCUUUUUAUGUCUGUGUAAGAAUGAAUAAGAGAGGUCCACCUGUACCAGAUGUUUUCUAUACUUUGACAAGUGUUCGAAAUUUUACAUUUAGAUAAUGGUAAUUUUUUCUCGACAAUAUUUCUUACAUUCCUUUAUCCUUUUAUAACAGCUGCUGUGUCAAUAUAUGCAUACUUGCCUGUAAUUUUGGAGGGUAAAAUAGAAAUAAUGGAGAGCAGAAAAAAAAAUGUAUAUUUUUGUAUUGUAAUUUGUACAAGUUUUUGAUGGAAGCAAAUGUUGUGAUAAGAUACCAGGUAGACACUUGCGUUUAUUUCAGUUUGAUACUAUUUAUAGCCUUACAUGAUGUACAAAUCAGUUGUAAUACGUAGCACAGCUGGGGCUAAGAAAGUAAGACUGCCUCGACUUGAAAAUGCAAGUGGCGAUAAUUAUUCGCCUGUACAAAACUUUAGUCAGUUUUACUUCUAUUCAGGGUCAAAGGUCAAGUCAAAUCUCUUGAAUAUAUUCAUAAUUUAUAAUCAAAAUUUGACUUCAAAUUUGUCUAUCCAGCCAUGGUUUUAAUGGUGUCAUUUAAAGUGACCUCCCUUGUUUGUUUGAAUAUAAAUUAUUGUGAUGAAUUAUGUAUUGGUUGAUAUGUUUUAUUUUUGUUGUAUCAAAAUGUUAUAGAAAUCCCUGUUCCAUUUUGUAUGUGGGAUCAAAAAAUCAAUGAUGAAAUAAAAUAUAAAUUGAAAAUUG